CUCAGCUCUGCCACACACAGAAAGCAUCGGUUCAACACUUGUUUACUUGCACCGAUUCACAAGGCUGUUGAGUAGCUUGGGACAUUUGACUAAGUAAAUAACAAAGAUCCACAGAUCAAACAACCCACAAAAGUAGCCAUGUAACUUUCAACACUCUCCAUGAAGUUCUCACUGAUAGCCAUUUGUCCAACCACUUACACCUUAACUUCCCCCAUCUCAUCUCUGCUCUAUCACAAACUACCCUCAAACUUCUCUCUCCUCUCUCUCUAAAACCCUCCUUUCUCCUUCUCUGAAUCCCACCUUUUUUUAUCCUCUUCACACCCACUUCAAACUCUCAGUCUCUUACCCAAAAAGAAAAUCAAAGAAAAAACUCUUCUCAAUCCACAAAUUAUGCCCCAAAACUCCUAACCCAAAAUAAAUAAUCUCUCUCUCUCUACAAACAACAUAGGACGAUCAAAAAUCUCUGAGAAACACAGAAAAUGUCAGGUGGGGUGGGUCCAUCCAGUGACAUACGUCUCCCAAAUGAACAACAAUAUGAACCAAGAAACUCUAAAACCGUCCCAAAGAACACCCAGAAACCUCAUACCCGCCGAGGUUUCUUCACUUUCCGGCAGCUCAACGCGCUAGCCGUUGUGAUCGUCCUUGCCGCCAGCGGCAUGGUAAGCCUCGAAGAUUUCGCUUUCGUAGUCUUCUCUUUGAUCUACAUGUACUUCAUAUCAAGGGUCGCAUUUCCAUCUCUCUCUCCUACUCUGGACCCUCCAGUCUUUGAUCAAAACAACAAGCUUCCGAGGCUCUACGCGUUCAUCGGAGCAAUGAUCGGACUCUUCCUCCCCAUAGCUUACAUUUUCCAAGGUAUCUUGGAAGAAGAUAAAGAGGGUAUCAAAGCAGCUUCACCACAUGUUUUCUUAUUAGCCAGUCAGAUUUUCAUGGAGGGUGUGGCGUGUUCGGACAAGUUUUCGAUUCCGAUUCGUAUUUUCGUGCCGGUGUUCUACAAUUCCAGGAGGAUAUUCACCAUUUCGGAUUGGUUGAGGAGUGAGAUUUCAAAGGUGGAUCAAGAGUUUGGUGGGAGUGCAAGGAGGUUGUACAUUGGAAGAGCUCUUGCUGUUGCUAACUUGAUCUUUUGGUGCUUCAAUCUGUUUGGAUUUUUGCUGCCCGUCUAUCUUCCCAAGGCUUUUAAGAUGUACCAUUCUGGGUAUAAGGCAAAAGAUUUAAAAUAAUUUUGUAGAAUUGGGUCUGGAGAGUUACUUUGCUCUCUCUCUCUCUCUCUCUCUCUUGUUUCUUUUUUCUUUUUUUCGCUUUGGUAAGGGUAAGAAAAAUGUAAUCUUGGGGGUUAAGCUUGUAAACUGUAGUUUCAUUGUUUUUUUGGUUCCAU